AUGCUUACUGCACUUGACUUAUCUAUACAUACUACAUUUAUCAUGUAUAUAUCCUUAUGGUAUACACUGUACAUAGUAUAUGUAUAUAGUAUAGUACUAUAUACAGUGUAUACCGUAAGGAAUUCCACAAGAUGUGUCAGAAAUAUUCUUCAUAACAGAUAUCAAUGAUGUAAUAAAUUUAAACAAUAAUAAUAAAAAAUAAUAAAAUAAUAAAUAAAGAUUAACAUACCUAAUGAUGCGUAUCAUAAUUGUUUUAGAUGUAUAUCAAAGUCUAUUCAUGCACUUUGUAUUUAUUGAUGCAUGUUAAAUCGAAUUCAUAAUUUCGCGCGUAAUAUUUUCUUGCGUUUUUGUUUAUUAAUCUUUCCCGCCUUUUUAUUUAUUAUUAAAUUAAAUUUUUGUAAAAUUAACACUUUUUCAUAGGGAACGAAUAACAUGUGUGUUUUGUGCUUUUAACGAAAAUUUCUUCCGGUUUUUUCUGAUAUAUUUGAGGCCUUCUUGAAUUUGAAAGAUUCGUUGGAGGUAACGUAAUAUAAUCUAAUAGUAGAUUACACGUGCUUGCACGUAGUGCAUGGAUAUCAGUCAUUGGUUUUAUCAUAAUAUUAUAAAUUUUCUUUGUAUUGAUAUUCUCUUUGAAUUAUGAAUGGACUAAUAACGAAUCAGCCUCAGAACGAGAAAGAGCACGAGGAAUAUCAAUACUUGAAUUUAAUCAAAAAGGUGAUCAAAGAAGGAACAAGGAAAGAUGAUCGUACAGGCGUAGGCACACUAUCGGUUUUUGGGACGCAGAUGCGGUUUACUUUACGAGAUAACGUGUUUCCAUUACUAACUACAAAACGAGUAUUUUGGAAGGGUGUGCUGGAGGAAUUGCUGUGGUUUAUCAAAGGUUCAACAAACGCCAAAGAAUUGAGUGAAAAAAAUGUUCACAUAUGGGAUGCGAACAGCUCGCGUAACUUCCUGGACUGCUCAGGUUUCACAGACAGAGAGGAAGGAGAUUUGGGACCUAUCUAUGGUUUUCAAUGGAGACAUUUUGGUGCAGAAUACAAAGAUAUGCAUACAGAUUAUAGUGGACAAGGCAUAGAUCAAUUAAAACAGGUAAUAGAUAAGAUACAGCAUUCCCCGAAUGACAGAAGGAUUAUAAUGACAGCAUGGAAUCCAGUUGACAUACCAAAAAUGGCUCUGCCUCCCUGCCAUUGUUUCGUUCAAUUCUAUGUAAGCAAUGGAGAGUUGUUCUGUCAACUUUAUCAAAGAAGCGCAGACAUAGGUCUUGGCAUACCGUUUAAUAUCGCAUCCUAUUCUUUGCUAACUUACAUGCUGGCACAUAUUACAAAUUUGAAGCCAGGUGAAUUUGUACAUACAAUGGGCGACUGUCACGUGUACCUCAAUCACAUAUCCGCGCUCGAGGAGCAAAUAAAACGUGUGCCAAAAUCAUUCCCAUGUUUAAGAAUCGUCAGGAAUGUUGAAAAUAUAAAUGAUUUCACAGCAGAUGAUUUUGAACUGAUCGGAUAUGCCCCACAUACAAAAAUCUCUAUGCCAAUGGCCUUAUCUCUGCCGGACCUAGUGAUGGUACUGGUACUCUUGUACAUGCUCCCAUUUGUAUCCCUCCUAUAUACUGUAAACAGAUUCCAUCAGGCCAUGCUUCUGUACCACUGUUUUGUACAUGCCAUGAUUUUCGAAACUUAGUGAGGGGUGGUAUUGAUUCUCCUUCACCGAUGUUACUUAAUGUUCUAAUGGAGCAGUCGCUUGAUUGCACGACGAUUUACUUAACAAAUAGCCCUACGCCGUACAUAACUCGAAAGAAUAAAAGCGUGAUAUGACUGCGAGCUGUCAGUGGUGUAAAUAAGCAAAGAUGGAUAGGACAGUACGACACGUAAACAUGGCGACGGUAGGGUUAGGUCGGGUCGACUGAAUCUGAUCAACGUAAAACAGGUAUAAGUGGAGGGAUGUCUUACCAAUUAUUCAUAUCUAAGAAGAA